CAGAAAGUGAGUGCGUUGGAUGUGAAUAUACGCUUGAUUACUGUGUCAACAAAGACACGAUUGUUUGGCGAUCUCAGCAAACAUUCCAGGACAUUUUUGGUAUACCGUUCAUACAUGGAUGUCUUCUGAAGUAUUCGUGUGACUGGCACGAACAGGUCCGUGUAUACAUAUUCAUGUAUAUUGAAUGGCCGAGCGGUUAGUAGACGAAUACGAUUUUUCCUUCCAAACAAGAGGAGUGGCCCUGAUAGUAAACAACCAGCGAUUCGAGGAACAUGACCCACAGCUACCGACACGAGCGGGCUCCCGACAUGACACCGAGAACCUCAAACUCAUAUUUCAAAAACUAGGAUUUGAAGACAUCCGAAUUAAGAUCGACCUCACUGCUAGAGAGAUGACGGACUGGCUUGAAUCAGUGGCGGAAGAGGACCACACGUAUCACGACUGUCUGGCAUGCGCACUUCUUUCACACGGGAACGAGACUUUUACGAGACUCACAGACCGCGUGUCACAACGACAUGACGUCAUCUCUGGAACAGACGACGACAUCACUACCAACCACCUCAUCCAGAUCUUCAAUGACGCUAACUGCCCCACCCUGGCAGGCAAACCUCGCUUCUUUAUCAUGCAGGCAUGCCGAGGGGAACAGCUAGAUGACGCCGUCGAGGUGGCGGUAGACGAGGUAGAUGAGGUAGACGGCAUGAUGGUGGAACCGGCGUACACCACAACGCCAGUCCCGUGCUUCAAAGAUUCUAUUGUCGUGUGCGCUUCUGCACCAGGCUAUGCAUCCGUCCGACAACCACGAGGUGGAUCUGUAUUCAUAAGGAACCUAUCUGACGUCAUACUUAACUAUGACGUCACUCAACUGGAACUCCAGAAACUGCUGACGAGAGUGCGCCAGCAGGUGGCGGUAGGGUUCGAGUCGAAAAGCUCGAGGGAUCCCAGUCGACACAUGAAGAAACAGAUGCCAUGCGUAUAUUCCAUGCUGACCAAAGACGUGUAUUUUAGAAACAAGUCUAAUGUGACGACGCAGUGUGCAUAGAUUUUGCAAUUUCGUUAUAUUCUUCCAUUCUGGGCUAAAGAAAAAAACUUUUUUUUAUUUUUAUUUUUACUUUUGUUAUUUUUUUCUUUUUUUCUUUCUUCUUCUUUCUUCUUCUUAUGAUUGUAUAAUAAUAUAUACAUGAAAUUACAUUACGCAAU